GUGUAGUGCAGUUCACUCAACUAGUUCGUGAGACGGAGAGCCUGGAUGCUGAAGUGUCCCGCCUCCACAACCAGAUCCGCAGCCACUACCUGCCACCGGUCUCCAUCAGUUCCACUGUGGACACAUCUUUGUAAUUUGAUGCAAAAUCAAUGAACAAUCCAAAAUGAAAAGGAGAAGAAAUCUCUACGUGUUUACUGUGUGUGUGCUCGUGUUUCUUUACUACUUCUGUGGUGUUACUGACUAUGUGUUCUCAAGAGAUUUUGACAGUGAAUUUGACUAUCCACUCAACACGGAUAUUCGGCCAAUUGUUGUCGAUAUAUUAGCUGGUAAUAAACCUAGUGUAACUCCUAUAAACAUAUACCCAUAUAGGUUUCUUAGUAAUUUUGGAAAAUGUAAUGCUGUAGAGAAACUUGACUUGUUUAUAUUAGUCAAAUCUGCUAUAAAUCAUUUUCAACACAGGAAAGCUAUAAGACAGACUUAUGGCCAAGAGAGCUAUCUACCAGGACGCAUCGUCAAAAUCCUCUUCUUUCUUGGAAUAAAUGACAUGAAAUCCCAAACGCAAAGGAUGAUAGAAAAAGAAAUGGACGAACAUGAGGAUAUAAUACAGAUAGAUUUUCAUGAUAAUUAUUAUAACAAUACUAUUAAGACUAUGAUGUCUUUUCGCUGGGCGUAUGAACAUUGCUCUACGGCAGAUUAUUAUUUAUUCACAGAUGACGAUAUGUAUAUAUCAGUUAGUAAUCUUUUGAACUAUGUAUCAGAGCAACCUCCAACAGGAUUAAGCACGACUUUUUAUGAAACCGAAAGAGACAGACUACUUUUCGCCGGUUACGUCUUUAAAUCAGCGCCGCAUAGAUAUAUUACUAGUAAAUGGAAAGUAUCUAGAGAUGAAUAUCCAUGGAACCGUUGGCCGUCUUAUGUCACUGCGGGCGCUUACGUCCUAUCUAACAAAGCUAUUAAAAUAAUGUACAUAGGGAGUUUAUAUGUUAAGCAUUUCAGAUUUGAUGAUAUAUAUUUGGGUAUAGUCGCGAAAAAGGUUGGCAUAGAGCCGACGCAUUGUCCACAUUUUUAUUUUUACAAGAAGAAAUGUAGUAACGAGGAGUAUAGCGAAGUGAUAGCCUCUCAUGGAUACAGUGAUCACAGUGAGUUGGUGAGGGUGUGGAACGAACAGAAUAGGAUUAUUUGAUGGUUGUUUGAUUGUGAUGGAGUGUGACAUUUGUGAAUUUAUUGUAGUGUUGGUUAAGACUCGAGUCCUUUGACUCCUCUGGAUAUAAUUAAAACUUCAACUUGUUAGAGACCCAAGUCUUUUGUGGAGACUAGCCUUUUCAGAGAACUCAUUUUUUUGUAACAAGGAGUCGAGUUUUUCAAAUUUAGACUCAAGACUCGAGUCAAGAUAAUAACACUGAAUUAUUGUGAUAGGAAUAAAUGGAAGCAAUGCUCGUAGUCUCAAGCCCCUGUUAAUAUUAGUUUUGUCGUGUAUUUUGAAAAAAUAAAUAUAUAUAAGUCUCUUCCAUUUAAAUGGAAUUUAAUCUCAGUGACAAGGGAAAAAGGGACUUUUUCGUUAGUUUGAAAUUUAAGCUUGAAGUUUUUACUUAUCCGGCUGAGAUAUAAAUCAGUUGUUAUGUUUCUGAAUUUGGAACCGUUAGUUAAUCAAUAAAAGUUCAGAAUUGAUGGGAAAUUGUGUACGUGGGAUCUCACGAGGCUAAACAUAUUUAUAUUCUUAUGAUAAACACUUUCUAAAUAAGGUAUCUUUAAGGAGCAUAGCACACUGCCGUCGCAUGUCGUUCCGAAGUGCGAAGCGACGAAUUCGCGAGCGGCGACGACGGUCCGGUGGUGCGAUUUUUUUUCGUAUCUUCGUCCGAAGCUGCGGUGCGUGUCGAAUCGCGUCUACGUACAAAAAUCCGUACGGUUGUACGGUACCCAUGGAGCUCAGUGUGGCAUACCCCGCGGCGCGCACCGCAUCUUCGUCCGAAACCACGAAUCGUCGUGCGAUUUGCACCUUCGCACGGAGAGACGGAGCCAGUGUGUUAUUACCGUCUUAGAGGAUAUAAUCAAACGGAGACGCCUUGUCUGUAAUUUUCUGUACAAAAAAGUCUGCUGAUUUUUGCGGGGGAGGGGAACGUCAAAUGUAUACGUAACGUAAAAAUAGCCAUGUCAGAUAAACGUCAGUCCAUACAUUGUGUAUGACCAUUGGCAGACUAUUUUCGACAGAGGGGAACUCCUGUUAAUGGCUACUCCGUUUGGUUAUAUCCUCUAAGUAUACCGUGCGAUUUUUGCAUACGAAUUCUACAGUACAAAGUUAAAAAUCGCAGCAUCGGACGUCGUUCUGAAUUGCGAAGCAGUGUGCUAUGCCCACUCGUUUUGUAUCAGUAUUUUAUCAAGGUAUGCUUAUGAUAACGAAAUUAAUUACCUAUAAAUCAUAAUAUAUAGUAUUUUUGAGAGAUCCGAGGAUUUUUGGGAGGAUGGGGGUUCACCUAAAAUCCUUGGAGCUCGUGCGGAGACUUUAUCUCUGCCACAAAUCCACAAUAAUGUAUUUGAAAUGAAAUGAAAAACCAUAGAUAAUAUUGUCUUAUGUUUAAAGAGUGGGAAAAAUUUACGGCUGUUUGUGCAGGUGAUAGUUUUGUAAAAUAUGUAAUAGGUAAAAGCUACAACUAGGAGGUAAAUAAUAAAAUUGAUUAAAGGAAUAUGUAUAACAAUUGUAUAUUUGAUAAGUAUAUCUCAUCACAACAUUGUAUUGUACUUACCGAUAACGUCAACAAUAAACAUUGUCAUAGAGUCAAACCAAGAAAAGUCUGCAGAUAUUUUGACCACACCCGUUUCUCAAAAGCUUGUACAUAACUUGUAAUACAAGCCGAUGUCACUUUCUGACAGCUUUUGUUAGAAAGGGACUUCCACUUGUAUUUCAAGUUACAAUCUUUUGAGAAACGGGCCCUUGGUGUU